GGGAGGAGCUGCGGGAAGACGACAGGGAAACAUUGGGCAAGGAAAGUAGCGAUGCCCACUCCCCCGAUGCUAAAAAGAACAGUGGGAGCAGUUUGGGUGUACCCGGCAAAUAGCAUUGUCGCCGGGAUCUAGGAGGAUCUUUGGAAGGAGUCUUGCUGUUGCCGGAGUCUAUCUUCCAAACCGCUCCGGAAUGAUCUUGCUGGAACGGAAGGUGUGUGGCCUGGCAAAGAUAGAUAAUGGACCUCAUAUCAAGAAUUGUCCAUAUAUAGGAGGUCCAAUCUUAUAUUUAUGGUGUAAUGAAUAUACCAUUGCACCAAAUCUCUGUAAUUCCAGCUCGAGAUAUUACUUUUUCCAGAGUUUCUAAGAAGAAAGCCAAGAGGAAAGAACAGGCAUCUGCUACACCAACCAAUCAGGACAUUUGCAGUUCCAAAUCAAGCAGUCAUGAACUGGAUAACAAGUCAAGCUGUCUCCGGCCAGAGAAAUCAUCCAGUGGUAUGGUAGAGAGCACAGGUUUCUGUUCAGAUGAUAUGGGAGAUGAUGAUGUCUUUGAGGACAAUUCUGUGAGGCUGAAAAUUACAGCACUGCGGGCACCACUCUGCUCAUCUGAAAAGGAUAGUGAUCUAGACUGCCCUUCCCAAUUGUCAGAAAAUUUCCCUCCACUUUCCCCUGUUUCUGUGUCUGGAGAUGUCUGCAGGAUAUGCCAUUGUGAAGGAGAUGAUGAGAGCCCAUUAAUUACUCCCUGUCAUUGUACAGGAAGCCUUAAUUUUGUCCAUCAAGCUUGUCUGCAGCAGUGGAUCAAGAGCUCAGACACCCGUUGCUGUGAACUCUGCAAAUAUGAAUUCAUCAUGGAGACCAAAUUGAAACCUUUCAGAAAAUGGGAGAAACUGCAGAUGACAGGCAGUGAGCAAAGAAAGAUCAUAUGCUCUGUAACUUUCCAUAUCAUUGCUAUCACUUGUGUGGUGUGGUCACUCUAUGUCCUCAUAGACCGGACUGCUGAAGAAAUUAAACAUGGAGAAUCCACGGGUAUUCUAGAAUGGCCAUUUUGGACUAAGCUAGUAGUAGUGGCUAUUGGUUUCACCGGUGGAAUUCUUUUCAUGUAUGUUCAAUGCAAAGUUUAUGUACAACUGUGGAAAAGACUUAAAGCUUAUAACCGUGUGAUAUAUGUACAGAACUGCCCAGAUACAAGCAAAAAGAGCAGAUUAGAAAAAUCAAAUGCUGAAUAUUCAAGUAUCCUUAGAAGCCAUCAUACAGAGACUACCAAUUCAAAUUGCACAGAAACUGAAAAUGUGAAUGCUAACAUUCUUCAUAUUUGACAUGUUUUUUUCUUAAAGACUUGGAUCAGCAUUAUUUACUAUUUUCAGAUAUUUAACUUAAGACCGAGUUGGUAGAAAUAUUCUUCUUUAACCGAGCAUCAGUCAGAAGAUAAAUCGAAGAAAGUCUGCUUGAACAUAAAUGAAUAUGAAUGAAGUUGAGCAUUAUUUUCUCUCCAUUUUAAAACAAUUCAGUUUUAGUGUCUUUUUUUCUAUCAAUCAUUCUCAAAUAUGUCUUGGUUACAUUAAGAAUUAAAGUGUCUUCUCUCUACUAUAUGAAACUAUUAAAUGAGAUACGAAGGAGGAAAAAACAUGUUUUUACAUAAACAUACUAUUAAACAUACCUCUCUAGUGUACAGGACCCCAUUUACAUGUUGUAAAUAGUAUGUAGUUCUAGUAUUGCUGUAAAGAAUUUGCCUAAACUGUGUCUGUGAACUGUAUCACAUUUAGGGUAGGGUAUGUCAAAGCAUGAAGCACUUUUAAUUGUUUUUAUAUUAUAACAAAUUUGAAACAGUCUCAGUUCAGUGUGUUCCUUUGAAUUACUGAAAGCACAUUGAUAUGUAGGCCUGACCAUUUGCCUUAAAACAAAUAGGUUUGUACUAAAAUUUUCCUCAAAUGUUCUUAAGUCUAAUAAUAAAUACUUUCUUGACA